AUGGGAUGCGGUGCCAGUCGAACCAGUCCUGCCGACUCUGAGUUUCUGGACCAGCCCACGAUCGUUCUGCCUCUGGUUCACUUCAACGAUGUGUACCAUCUCGAGCCCUUCCACAACGAGCCAGUCGGUGGAUUCGCGCGAUUUGCCUGCACCGUCAAAACAUGGCUUGAGGAGCAGCGAACUCAACACAACCGCAGGCAGCAUCUCAUCACAUUUGGCGGGGACGUAUUUAACCCGAGCGUCGAGUCGAGCGUGACCAAAGGCCGACACAUGCUCCCGGCGAUGAACCAUCUGGGCAUCAACGCAACCUGCUUUGGGAAUCAUGAUUUCGAUUUUGGCGUCGAGACCCUCAUCAAUCUCAAGAACUCGACCAACUUCCCGUGGAUCAUGUCCAAUGUGACCGACCGGCAGAUGCAGCAGCUCCUGGCAAACGGCCAAGAGUACGUCGUGCUGGAGCGGUAUGGCCUCCGCAUUGGCUUCAUUGGUCUGGUUGAGCCUGACUGGCUCGAGACGAUAUCGGGACUGCCUCCUGUGGACUAUAUGGAUUUUGUCGAGGUCGGCCGAGGACUCUCUCGCAAGCUCAAGAAACCCAGGGGCGAAGAGGGCGGUGAAGGCGUCGAUAUCAUCAUCGCCCUGACGCAUAUGCGAGUACCAAACGACAUGCGUCUCGCGAGAGAGGUGCCCGAGAUUGACUUGAUCCUUGGAGGACACGAUCAUGAUUUCUUCGCCGGUGGAGACAACGUCAGCCAACCUGAAAAGUUUGUUCACGAGGGCAAUGUGCGCGUAAUCAAGUCCAGCUGCGACUUUCGAGAUGUAACCCUCAACGAGUUGACUAUCCAGCGACGAACGCCAGAGAAGCCUGCGUACAUCUCCCACGUCAAGGUUCUCCAUAAGCAAGUCACCAAGGAUCUGCCGGAAGACCCAAAAGCCCUCGAGAUCGUCAAGCAAAGCCUGUCAGGUCUUGGCCAGAAGCUCGAUCGGGUGGUCGGGCGGACCAAGACAGUGCUGGAUGCCCGCGGAUCGGUUUGCCGGACGAGAGAGUCAAACAUCGGCAACUUUGUGUCGGAUCUGAUCAGGUUUACCUACGACACCGAUAUCGCCAUGAUUGUUGGCGGAACCAUCCGCUCCGACUCAACAUACGGCCCGGGCGACAUCACCAUCCGCAACAUCAUCGACAUCUUUCCAUUUGACGAUCCGUGUGUUGUUCUGGGGAUGAAAGGCAGCGAUGUCUUGGAGGCCUUGGAGAACGGCGUCUCCGCAGUGCCAAAGACGGAAGGUCGCUUCCCGCAGAUUUCCGGGCUCAAGAUUGAGUAUGACUCAUCAAAGCCGCCACACCAUCGCAUCACCAACGUCGAUGUUGUCAAGGCCGGCCCCGAGUCGUCCUAUCUUGAGAAACUCGAUCUUGAGAAAGAGUAUACAUUCGCAACUCGUUCAUACCUGGCCGAUGGACGCGACGGCUUUGACUGCCUGCGAAAGGCUCGGGUGAUUGUCGACAAGGAGCAAGGGCUUCUGAUCUCAACGAUCAUUCGUCGCUUCUUCAUUGGCAUUCGAGUCGUCAACCGAUUCCGGGUAUUUUGCGGCGAAAACAAGGUCCUCGCCCGAGAUGCCUUUACCAAAUGGCGACGGCUGGUGAAGGACAGCUUGAAGAGUAAAGACGGAAUCCACCACCACUUGUCGACCCACAGCCUGCACAAUCUGCACAAGAAAAAGUCGACCGCCGCAAAAGAAGCCGAGGGGGUCCUGAGCGAGGAUGAGGACGACGAACUUCCGGAGAUUGAGCCGAUGGUUGAAAAUCGCAUUGUGGACUUGGCCGCGCCUCAGGCUGCAUAGGCAGACUCGCGUGAGCAAUCCAUGCUGCACCAAAAGCCUGGAGCGGGAUCCCAAAGCCAUGUCGGCAGAUAUCGUGUGCGAUGUCGACUCUCUGGACCACGUUCGGCCCAAGGAGGCACGGCGAGGCUGUUGCCGACAUGUUCGAUUGACAACUGAAAGCACCCUAUGUUGAUGUGAUGCGCGAUCUGCAACGUUCGCACAUGAAACAAGCACCCUGUUUCGAGG